AUGCUCACAGUAACAGCCUCACGAUACCUUCGUCGGAGUGAAACACCUUAUGAAGUGAGCAAAUGCUACAGGUCCAGAAGUCCUUUGACCCGGUCUGAUCAGGAGGUCUCACCGGUGUCAGCAUGUAAGAUCAGUGGCGAUGAAAAGCGAGGUUGUACAGUUGCCCGCAAAAGAAAAAGUGACCAACAAGACAGCGAACAUCUGAGGAAGAGGCCAACAUUGUCAGAGAGUCAGGGUCCCUUGAAGAAACCAUCUCAUCCUCCACAACUGAUUGCCUUCAGCACACCUCUUCCCAACAUGCUGUCCGCUUUAGGUUCCGCGGGUACAAAUCUGCAAAAGCAGGGUUUAAAAGUGCUGGUUGAUUUCAUACCGCGUUGUUCUUCCAGGCCGUCCUCGACGUUUUCAGGUCAACAGGCACAUGAGGAGAACAGAAAGGCACGUGCCGUCUCCCAGAAACGAAAAGUGGAGGAACGUCAAGACAGCGAGUGUCCGUGUAAGAUGCUCAGAAAGGAAGACCCGCCCUCUCCCUCCAUCACACCAGACGUCCAUGCCAUUGAAGAAACGCCACGUUUCUCAGAAAGGAAAAGAAGAUGUGCGGAAGUCACAAAAUUUGCAGAAGAGGACUCAGCAACCAAGCAAGAAUGCAUGGGGUGAUUCACAGCGGCUGCC